AUGGCUACGGACGGACGUACGAAGCGCUCGCAAUCGAUAUGUGCGCCAGCAUCCGCGAGUAUGGAAGCAUUGGCAGCGCCGAUGGAGACCACGCCAGCUCCGCGGCGGAGACCGGCCGCUCGUUCUCAGUCCGCGCGGAUAACAGGAGGCAGGUCCGUGAGGCACAGACGCCAACAACAACAGCAGCAGCUAGAUAGAGAGACCAGGACAAGAUACAGUUCCGAGCCGCGUCUCGCCGAAGCGGAAACCCCGCCGCAAGUAAGGAGGCAGGCUUCCGCGCGUCGUCGACCUCCGGCCGGUCAACACAGCCAACCGCGUCGUUCUAACGCGUUCCUCGACGUCCCAAGAUCAACCCACCAGCCCGAGGAGGAACCGGACGAGGACUCUUACAGACUACGCACGUUCAAUACGACGCAGAAAGGAGGUAUUGUCAACAGAGGCGACUCCUUUCGCCGUCGGCGGUCUCGCUCCGGUAGUCUGGCGCCGUCGUCACCGGCUCAAGCCACCCCCGAGCCACAAGAACGUCGCCCGGUCGCUUGUCACAGGGUAGCGAUGGUAGGGGCGCCAGGGGUAGGCAAGACCGCCCUCAUCAGCCAGUUCCAGACCAGUGAAUGUAUAAAUGCAUACGAUAGACAAAGAGAUAUCGAUAGCUCGGAGCAAAAGGUAUCCAUUCUACUCAAUGGUGAAGAAUCAGAAUUAUAUUUCGUGAACUGCACAAGCACAAAGGAGGAAAUAGACCGCUUAGAGCCACCAGACGCGUUCGUAGUCAUAUACUCAGUUGUAGAUAAGGCGUCGUUCCAAAAAGCGGAACAGGAACUAGCCAGGCUGAUGGACAGCGAUAUGCUCAGAUCUAGACCAGCAUUAUUGGUUGCCAAUAAGAUAGAUCUAGCAAGAAGUAGAGCCGUGUCUACACAGGAUGGUAAAUGUCUCGCGUGCACAUACAAAGCAAAGUUCAUAGAAGUGUCAGUGGGUAUAAACCACAACGUUGACGAGCUGCUAGUUGGAAUCCUGAACCAAAUUCGCCUCAAAAAGCAACAGUAUUCAGCGGAAGGAGGGAGGGAAACCUCACCGGCUCACUGGUACAAAUCGAGAGGCGUAGUCCGAGCAAGCAUGAAAGCGAGGCAGAUGCUCACCUGGAUAUUCGGUAAGGAGGAUUCCAAAUUCAAAAACUGUGAGAACUUGCACGUUCUGUGA